AUGAACAUUACACAAACAACAUGCAAUAGACCUAUACGCGACAAAGCAAAGACCUACCAAGUCGUCAGCAAUACACUCGUCAUAAUAGCAGCUUUAUUCAUUAUACAGAGAUUUGCGUUUAAAUUAUACGCACGACUCGAACUCGGACUUGACGACUAUUGUACCUUGUUAACCCUCAUAGCGGGUAUCCCAAGCACCGUUAUCAAUGCACACUUUUUAACGGUCAACGGAAUCGGUCGAGACAUCUGGACGCUGACACCGGAACAAAUCACUAAUUUUAGUCUGUACUUCUAUAUCGACGAAAUAGUGUACUUGGCCGAGGUAUCCUUGGCGAAGCUCGCCCUGCUCUUCUUCUACAUGCGGAUAUUUCCCAGCAAAAACGUACAGCGCCUGCUCUGGGGCACUAUCGCGUUUGACAUUGUUUUCGGCUUGGCAUUCGUUCUAGUUGCCAUCUUCCAAUGCAACCCAAUCAACUUCUUUUGGGUCAUGUGGGACGGCGAGCAUAAGGGCCAGUGUUUGAACAUUAACGCAAUAACCUGGUCGAAUGCCAUUAUUAGUAUUUCGCUGGACGUCUGGAUGCUGGGCAUUCCACUCUGGCAACUAAAGAGUUUACGGCUCGGGUGGAAAAAGAAGGCAGGGGUUGCUGCCAUGUUUUCUGUCGGUGCAUUUGUCACGAUUGUCAGCAUCCUGCGCUUGAAAUCACUUAUUGCUUUUUCCUAUCAUACCGACAAUCCAACCUGGGAUUUUUUUGAUGUUGGCAUAUGGUCCGACAUCGAGAUCAACGUUAGCAUGAUCUGCGUUUGCCUGCCUUCGUUCCGAUUACUACUUGUGCGACUGUUCCCUCGACUCAGGGAGACGACGCAACACUAUUACGCGGAUAGGAGAACUGGUGAGAACACGGGGAAAUCUAGACGAGGCGGCACCUCUCAAAGCGGACGGGAAGGAACCGGGACCGGUGAAGAUGGCAACAGAAUAUGGUACCAAAAGUCCUUUACCGUCAAAUAUGUUGAGACGGAUGAAUUGCAGCUGGUUUCAAUGCCAGAGCAAGACAGAGCAAGUGCCAAGUCGGAGGUAUCUUCGCGCUAA